GCUCCAAGCACAUGAAGGAAAAGGUGUCUGUGCUGUGGCCUGCCUGGUCCCUGCCCUGUGUACUACAAGAGGCAGAGAGGGGUUUUGGGCUGUGGGCAGCUGGCACUGCACCAGUGUCGAAGUCCUGGCUGUGGGUGGCUGUCACCUGGCCCUUGUGGUGACAACCCAGGGUGACACUUGCAUUCCUGGCUGCAAGGGCAGGUUACUCACCAACUCGAGUUAAUGGCUAACCCUGGGGCAGCUCUUGCAGAAGGUGGAAGUUCAGUUGUGUGAGGGCUGUGAGGAGCCCUUGGGGAGUAGGUGUGGAGGGGGAAUCUGUCCAUCCCCUCUGCUCUGCAAACAGGAGCAGUGUGGGGAGGCAGCAGCAUGAAUGGGGGCCACCGUGGAACGCCUGGUGCCAGGACCCCUGUGCUUGCAUCCUGCUCCCUGCAGAAGAUGUGCUCCUUGAUGCUGAGCUGCUGCUUAGCCCUUCAGCACCUGGCCGUGCAGGCCUCCUUGCUCUGUGUCUUCCACCUCCUCCUGCUGCCCACACUGCCCAAGGAGCCGCCCCAUGCCCAGGCCAUCAGCGAGCUGCUGGCACGCAGCCUCUUUUCCUGCGGCAUCUCCACAGUGCUGCAGACCAUCCUGGGGAGUCGGCUGCCGCUGGUCCAAAUCCCAUCCUUCGAGUACCUGGUCCCUGCCAUGGUGCUGAGCUCCCACCUGUCCCUGGGUGACGACAUGGACAGGAACGGCACGGUGGUGGCCAGUCCUUGCCCUGCACCCCACUGCACUGCUGCAGACAGCCGGGCUGCCUCACUGCAAGAGGUUUCUGGAGCCGUGCUGGUCUCUGGGCUGGUUCAGCUGGCACUGGGAGUAUCUGGUGUGUGUGGAUGGGCAGCCCAGCGUUGUGGGCCCAUGGUCCUGGCCCCUAGCCUCUCCAUCAUUGGGCUGUCCACAUACAAGGAGGCUGCUUUCUUCUGCUCUACUAACUGGGGGAUAGCGCUGCUGUAUGUGAGCCUGAGGGCCACACUGGCUCAUGCUCCUCACUGUUACCUUCUCCCAGCACCUGGGGUCCUGCUGUCUGCCCUUCUGCACCUGGCCCCAGGCUCGGGGGCACUCCAUGGAGCUGUCUGUCCCUACCCUGCGCACAUUCUCGGUACUGCUCCCGUUUGCUGGUGUCUGCGUUGUCUGUGCCAUCCUUAGCCACCUCCACAUCCCUUGGGAAUCACUGGACCUGGCCAUGGCACAGCUGUCCUGGGCCAACAGCACCUUCCAUGGCCCUUGGGUCCGCAUCCCCUAUGCAGGUGGGGGGCAGCAGGGCUGGGUGCAGCCAUCUGCCUUUGGCCAGGGCCUCUAUCACCCAUACCUUCUCCCCCCACUACAGGCGAGUGGGGGUGGCCGCUGCUUACCCCUCGGGUGCUGGCAGUGGGCAUUGCCAUGGCCAUCAACUGCAGCAUGAACUCGGUGGGCUGCUACGUGCUGUGUGGGAGGCUGCUGCGAGCCCCCCGGCUGCCCCCCCAUGCCUGCAACCGGGGGCUCUGCAUGGAAGGGCUGGGCAGCCUCCUGGCAGGGCUGCUGGGCACCCCGGGGGGCACAGCCACCAGCAUUGCCAACGCCUGCGCCACUGGCCUCACGCAGGCUGGCUCUCUCCUCUCGGUGCAAGUAAGCGCGCUGGCAUGUGUGGUGCUGGGCAUGUCCCCGAGAUUGGCAGGGCUCCUCACCCGUAUCCCGCUGGCAGUUCAUGGAGGGGUGCUCUGUGUCACCUAUGCUGUGGCUGUGGGCACAGGGAUCUCCUACUUCCAGUACGCGGAUAUCGACUCAGGAAGGAACAUCUUCAUCGUCGGUUUCACCAUGUUCAUGGCAUUGCUGGUGCCGCGGUGGUUCAGUGCGGCUCCAGCUCACCUGACCACAGGAUGGGUGCCUUUGGAUGUCCUCUUCCUCUCUCUGUUCAUGGUACCGGUCUUCUUAACUGGCUUCUUGUCAUUUUUCCUGGAGAACACAGUCUCAGGAACCCUGGAGGAGCGAGGGCUGCUCUCUGAGCUGGCACUGCAGAAGGCUGAGGCAGGCAAUCGCCACACUCAUGGAGAGAGGGAUGAAGCCAGCUGGUCAUAUGGGCUCCCCCCUGGGCUAAGGAGGCUGCUGCCAUUCUCCUACAGACCCUUCCCCUGCUGCUUCCUCUGCCCGGAGAAUGAGGAGGAGAAGGAAGAGGAGGGCAGCUGUGCCACUGAGGAGGGGACUGCUGCCCCAGGGGAAGGGACGCACCUGCUCCCCAAACCCGGCUCAGGGGAGCUGCAGCUGGCCAGGCGGCAGAGUGAGACAGAGAUGCCCAUGUGGCACACUGUGGCCUGACCCCACGGUGCAGAGACACCUCAUGUGGGCCUGGGGUUGUGCCCCCAAGGCAGCUUGCGAGCCAUUGUGCUCCUUGUUUCUAAAGCCCACAUGGACUGGAGGGGACCUGCGCUUCCACACUCCCAGCACA